GUGGGACUUGUAGUUUUCGCGCAUGCUCUUGGCGUGUAACGCUGUGUUAGGACUCUUUCUGCUGCUCGAGUCGGGAAGUCGGUUGUAACCCCGCUGAGCCCGAGGCGGAUGGUGGCCACGUUACGCCUCCUCAACUCGAGAAGCCGCCUGCUCCGCCUGCUCGGCAGCACGCACAUGGGAGACAUGGGUUCUAAAUGCCAGCUGCCCGCAAAGGAGGAAUGCCUUCCGGGGAGAUCGGAGAAGAUGCGCGUAGCCGCGAAACACCACGUUAAUGGGAACUCGACAGCGGAGCCGUUUCCAGACGGAACGCAAAUGGCCAUAUUUGGCAUGGGCUGCUUUUGGGGAGCAGAAAGGAAGUUCUGGAGACAGAAGGGGGUCUACUCCACCCAGGUGGGGUUUGCUGGAGGUUGGACCCCUAACCCUACCUAUCAGGAGGUCUGCUCAGGAAGAACGGGUCACGCCGAAGUGGUCCGAGUCGUCUACUACCCAGAAACCAUCAGCUACGAGAAACUGCUGAAGGUCUUUUGGGAGAAUCACAACCCGACCCAAGGAAUGCGGCAGGGAAAUGAUGUCGGCACGAUGUAUCGCUCUGCCAUCUACACCUACGCCGAGGAACAGACCGACGUGGCCUUAAGAUCCAAAGAAGAAUACCAGAAGGAGCUGACGCAGAACGGCCACGGGGAGAUCACCACCGAGAUCCGCGCCGAGACCAACUUCUACUACGCAGAAGAUUACCAUCAGCAAUAUCUCAGCAAGAAGCCCAACGGUUACUGUGGGCUGGGCGGCACCGGGGUCUCCUGCCCGAUUGGCGUUAAAUAGCUGCGGAUUGCGUCAGGCGCCAACCGCCCCUCAUAGAAUCUUUUGUCAUAACCUUAACCUUUUAGACAUUUUAAUCGACUCGCCUUAGGAGGAACACUCUCAGUCUUUAAAUACCAAAGAUGUGCCCUGGAAAGGCUUUUAGAUACCGUAC